UCAAGAUGUUUUGUUAGGUGUGCAGCCAUAGGUUAGCGAUACAGCAGAUUCUUUGAUGACCGUAUUAUCCCCACUCUAAAGCAAGAAAAAUGAUCAAUACAGAGCUUAUGCAGGAUAUAACAAUUUAUUAUACAGUAAGCCGGUAAAGAAUGCGAUUCAAGUUAACUUCCAAGACAAGUCUGCCAUCUUUGCUUACUUUACUUCUUGUCUGGGUAACAAGUUCACCUGAUCUGACCCCUUAUAAUUCUUAGCUGUGUAUUGUUCUGUUGUGUGUACUAUUGAAAAGGAGUUGAGAGUCGGGGUCGUCCGCCAAGUUUCUUUGAAUCCUACCUAUAUUGCGUGUGGCUGUUCAUAACGCAGUGGGAUGUUAUCAACAUAUUGUUGACUGACACGGAUGCACAUAAAGCGUACAGUCCCCAGAUUGCUUCAGUGACGUCACACCUACGUCAUCAUCCGGGAUCCUCCUCAGCUGUCAAAAGACCGCCAUGGCAGUCCGUUCGCAGUUGCCGAUCGAAUAAAAAGGCCCACCUGCUCCAGUGGUGGCAGUGAAGCCCAUAAUACGCAGUGUGCACGCCGUCUCACCAACGGGGGUCGGCCUUCCUUGUUAUCAACGUUACUGGAUUUCACCUACAGAGGCAGAUUAGAUUUAAAUAUCAUGUCUUUUUAGAAUAAAAAUUGCUGGAUAUUUCAGAGCACCACAUGGGUGAUCUAAAUGCAAAGAAGUACAGCUUGCUGCUGUGCAUCAUUAUCCUUUCAGGAUGGAUGAACCAAUGCGUGAUCUGUAAGAACAGUGUGGGUUGUUUCUUCAGCCCAACUGUGUGUGAAGUUGAAGAAGAAUGUUUUGAUGAUAAUGUUUUUGGGCGCUGUCAAAUUCCUUUCGGCACUGACGUGGACCUCUUUCGCCAUCUUCUCGGACCGGAGACUAUCCAACUGUUAGAAAGCGAGCUUUCUCGUUUGUUUGCGGGGGGUUACCGUUGGGGCCACGAUUACUCUCAAUGUGUCGUACAGAAUAUUCUUUACUCGAGUCGUCACCAAAUCUCUUAUGAUCCAGGCCUUUGCUCCCGAGUUUUGCAGUUUACUUUGCCGGAAGUACCACCAGAAAUACUUUCUGAAUUAGAAUCGCCAGAACCAGAUGAAUUGGCUUUCAUAAAGUUUAAACCGAAUAGAGAUGAUCCUGCUAGCGAUAUUUAUGCGGAUGAAAUAUUCUCUCCUCCCAUCUUCUCGGAGAGUGCUGAAAGUAAAGAUACGGAUAAAAGAACCCCCAUUCAUAUGUAUCCUGACAACGAAUGGCCUAAUAACUUUGGUCGAAACUUUAACCAAGAUACUUCUGAAGAGCAGACUUUAGCCGAUAAAGAAACCCUCAUUCAAGAGCUCCUGAAAACGGCAAAGGAUACUGAGAAGUUAUUUGAAGGAUUUCAGGAUAAAGCUGAACGAUAUCCUGAUGAUGAUACUCCUUUGAUCAAGACUGAAUUAUCGUCUGAUUUGACACAGCUGCCUGCAUUCACCGAGGGUGGAAUCGAAUGGUUGCCGGCUGAUGAUGAAGAUGAUGGGAUGGUUGAUGAGCUAAUUGAACCGUAUGACAAGAAGAGAAUUAAAGUGGCUUACCACGAAGAUAGUCCCUUUCACGAGGAAAGAGAUAAAAACUUCAACCGGGGGAGUAGUCAAAAGAAUGUAAUCACCUUGAAUGAAUCCGCCUUUGAUGACAGCGAUAACGAUCUAUUGAAAUUUCGAGAAGAAACACCAGAUAACGAUCUAUUGAAAUUUCGAGAAGAAACACCAAAUAACGAUCUAUUGAAAUUUCGAGAAGAAACGCCGGAUAACGAUUUGCUAAAAUUUCAAGAACAAGCAUCAGAAAAUGAUUUGAUGAGGUUCCAAGAAGCGGCCCCAACAUUUGGAAAGACUCCCUUAAAUGAUGAUGAUUCGAAUUUUCAAUGGAACACUAAGCAUCGAACUAAAUUAAUGGACGAUGAUUUGACUCGGUUUGCUAAAGGAAAUGCAAGUCCUGGUAGAACGAAUAUUUUAAGUUCCACCCAGCCCGAAAAUGACGAGCUGAGUGAUGUAAUUGAAAACGAUUAUUUAGAAGAUCAGCUCUAUGCAAUUCUACCUCUUAAUAAGAACAAACCUAUAUCUUCGAAUGAUAAGCGAUAUGAUACAAAAAAGCCAGGCCCAACCUACAUGAUUCAUGAAGAUGAAGAUGGUGACACAUCGCACGAUGAUGAUCAAAUGGCGAUGCAAGGAACCGACCGGUUCAUACAAGCUCUUUCUAGGAAAGUGUGGCAGAACCAGAACCAGUUGCAUUCCCUGUUCACUCCAUCUGUUGGAGUUGCGAAACCUCUAUUACCUUUCAUUCGAAGAUUUGAAGCAACAGAUGAAUUUCGGAGAAUUUAUGUUACUGAUGAUGACGAAGAAAAUGAUAAUAUUAUAAAAGACAAAACGGAAAAUCCCAAGGAACCGGAAGAGAAGCCGAAAACGUUCGAACGCAUCACGAAUGACCAACCCGAGGUGAUUGAAGGCAUCGACAAUGACGAAUUGAAAACCCUCCGAGAUGAGGACAAGACGGCUAAUGCCGCAAAGACCGGCGAAGGCCACCUCGGUCGAUACGAUUCCGUCGAUGCGACGCACACAAAUUUGGUCAUCAAAGAAAAGUCACCAAAUGAGGACGAAGCACAGAAUUUAGUGAAAGUUCUGGAGAAAUAUUUGGAUCUUGACAGAGGAAGUUUUUCAAACGUUAAGGUUAAUGGAAGAAUUGUAACAUUUAAAGUUAAUCCUAAUUCCAAAGGACUUAACGCAUCUGAAGUUUCUACUAGAGCACAAUCACUUGCGAACGAAAUUAAAAAGCAAACAGGACUCACUGUGGAAGGUGCGAAUAUCGGAGACAAGGUACCCUACACGCCUACAAAUCCAGAUCAUGACCAACGUCUGGUAAUUCUCACUUUUGCACUCUGUGGUGGUGUGGCUGGUAUUUUACUAGCUGCUGUGGCUGCAUACCUUGUCCGGAGACAUUCGAAAUCACGAGAUAAACUUCAAAAUAUUACUCAACCAGAUACAGAAGCAAGCCAAGAUUAUCAGGACUUGUGCAGACAACGUAUGGCUAGCAAAGCCAACGAGAAACCCGAACCAGUGCAUUCAGUUAACUCUCCGAAGAAAAUCCGUAGCUUGUCCCAAGAAGGGCAAGCAAGCUCCUCAAGUCAUUCCUCAACCUCGUCAUGGAACGAAGAACCAGUUACCUCAAAUAUGGAUAUAUCAACCGGGCAUAUGAUCUUGUCCUACAUGGAAGAUCAUUUGAAAAACAAAGAUCGAUUGGAUCGUGAGUGGGAAGCACUUUGCGCCUAUGAGGCGGAGCUCUGUGCAACAACUGCAGCCACACAACCACAGAACAUCAAGAAAAACCGAUACACCGACGUUCUCCCUUAUGACCACUCACGUGUCAUUUUGAAUGAAUUAACGAAUGUCUCCGGAUCUGAUUACAUCAAUGCCAGUAGCAUUACGGACCAUGAUCCUCGGAACCCUGCCUACAUUGCAACUCAAGGCCCAUUGCCUCAAACGGCCGCCGAUUUCUGGCAGAUGAUAUGGGAGCAAGGCAGUGUUGUUAUUGUAAUGCUCAGUCGACUUAUGGAAAACGGAGUAGCCAUGUGUCAUCGUUAUUGGCCUGAAGAAGGAAGCGAAGUGUACCACAUUUAUGAGGUUCACUUGGUGUCGGAACACAUCUGGUGUGAUGAUUAUCUGGUAAGAAGCUUCUAUCUCAAAAACCUCCGGACGACUGAGACUCGCACUGUUACCCAGUUCCAUUUCAUGUCAUGGCCAGACAACGGCGUACCCAAUUCCACCAAGGCUUUACUGGAGUUCCGAAGGAAAGUUAACAAGUCCUACCGAGGAAGGUCCUGCCCAAUUGUUGUUCACUGCAGCGAUGGUAUUGGCCGAACUGGAACUUACUGUUUGAUCGAUAUGGUUCUCAACCGGAUGGCUAAAGGUGCCAAAGAAAUCGAUAUUGCUGCUACCUUGGAGCACGUACGAGAUCAGCGUGCUGGGAUGGUGAAAACGAAGGCUCAGUUCGAGUUUGUAUUAAUGGCCAUCGCUGAAGAAGUUCAUGCCAUCUUGAAAGCUCUAUCCCAGUAACUCCGAUUCGAUCGAUCAAAACCUUCUAAUGCAGCCUGAUGAGAUGACAAACAGUGACUGUUCGUUCCAAAACUCUAUAACCUGUACGAUUACACUUGUGAACAGACCCUCCACUCCUCCCAUAUACAGCAAGCAAGUAACCUUUGUAAAACUGUAUAUGAGCUGUGUGUUUGUGAAAUCUUUAUUAUUAUUUUACUAUUUAGUAUAUUGUUCCUUAGCAGGAAAUAUAUUAGUCAACAACAAUUAGUCUGAGUUGUUUUGCAUAAACGUAUUUAGUACUUUUUCUUCAACAUCGAUUUUCAUCAAAUGUAGGCAGCAUUAAAAAAUGAUCGUUAUUUUGAAAUGUGUGUUUUUUUUAUGCAUUAUUCAAAAAGUUUCAUUUUACGCUAUGUUUUUAUGUGCAGGUUGUCAUAUUUAUUUAUUUGUUUGUUCCUUUUUAAAUUAUUCGCCCUUCUUAUAGAACAAUUAUAAUUUCACAGAUAUCACGCAGUUGAGUGCAAUUCCUCCAGGAUUAAAUUUAAAGACUGUAAAAUGACUAAAAGAUAAGCAUAAUUGUAAUAAGGAAAUUAAAAUAUCUCAAAAAAUUAAAGAAACUCAUGCCAUGACAAUUGCUGAUGCUAUUAAACCCAUAAUUUGUUAAUAUUAGCAACAAUUUGAAUCUUAUAAAAAACCUAUUUGAAUUUUGAAAUCUAUUAAAGUGAUGAAAAAUAUGGCAAUACUUGAAAAUGUAUCAAAAUAUAAAAUUUUGCUUGGUUGCUUUCACUCUUCUGUUGGCUAUGUAUUAUCUGUUAAGGAACUCUUAUGUCAAUGUGAGUAUGUUUUUGCUUCGUGAUUAUUCUCUCUAUCCCCAUGUUGUUAUUCCUUCAAAGCUAGAAUGGAAUUUAAUGUUCUAAGUAGAAUAAUCUAUACACAAUAUCUAUCUAUAUCUAACGUUAUUUUGCUGAUAAGCCUAAGAUAUUCUCUAUGUGUAUUAUCAAUAUUUAUGUAAUGCACCUUGCAUUUGUUGAUAUCUUUUUUUCUUUAUUAUAUAAAUAGUAAGAGUUACUUGAUAAGAG